UUCUUAAUUAAAGAAAUCCUCUCUCUCAACACGCGCGCAUCGCGCACGAGCAUCGUGCACUCAGCGAUUUGUUGAAUCAAAUCUUGGAUCCUCAUCGGACCUUAUUGGCUUGGUCAGUUCUCCCGUUUCACAAUUGUCGGCGCAGUCGAGUAUCCCCAACUUCAAGUGCACUUUCAUACCUGGGGGCAUAUGCUCGAAUCUAUGGAAACUGAGGAUUUCAUCAACCUUCCUGCUUCUAGUAUUUCUCGAAGUGGAAGUGAGAAUAAUGAAUUACAUGAAUCUGGUUGUGAGCCUAGUGAAGUUGAUUCUUUACCUGUAAACUCCAAGUUCAGAGAUGGGAUCAAUGAAGUUAUCUCUGAUGUUGUACAUGAAAAGAAGGGAGCUUUGAUGGAAACUGAUGGUGAAAAAGAUGGGUUUGCUAGCAUGUCUACUCUGCCUGUGAGUUUUGAACUCACUGAAGCCGUUGCAGUAUCAGACAAGAUUGCUUGUCUCAGCUCUGUGGCACAUGCUGAGAAUGGGUUUCUAGCUGUUGAAGAGAAAAUUAGUCCUAAUAAUUGUAAAAGAGAUGAAACCCUUGUCAGUGGUCGAGGAAUAGAUGCUAGUCAAAUAUCUGGGGUUAAGAGACCCAGAUUAAGUGAUGAUGAAAAACAACCUUCCGUGCGCGUUAAUUAUAAUUAUCUGACCAGAGAUAGUAAAAGAAAGCUGGAGGAGCUAUUACAGCAGUGGUCACGUUGGCAUGGACAAAUCUGUUCGUCAUCAAAUGAUUCACAAGAAGUUUUCGUAUCUGGUGAAGAGACUUACUUUCCAGCUCUCUGUGUUGGUGUGGAUAAGCCUUCUGCGGUGACCUUUUGGGUGGACAACCAAAUAAGCAAUCAACCGAGUGAGGUGUUUAUACCAUUGGAUGGCAAUUCUGUCCCUCUUUAUGACCGUGGAUAUUCUUUGGCUCUGACUUCAACUGAUGGUUCCAUUAAUUUGGAUGGAGGCUUGGAUAUGUUAGAUAAUUCCCGUUGCUUCAACUGUGGUUCGUACAGCCAUGCACUUAAAGAAUGUCCUAAGCCCCGUGACAGUGUUACCAUCAAUAAUGCCCGAAAACAGCACAAGACUAGGCGUAAUCAACAUUCCAGUUCUCGUAACGCCACUCGAUAUUUUCACAGCUCUCCUGGGGGGAAAUAUGAUGGUUUAAGGCCAGGUGUACUUGAUUCUGAGACGCGGAAACUUUUAGGACUCAGGGAGUUUGAUCCACCUCCUUGGUUUAACAGAAUGCGGGAAAUAGGAUAUCCACCAGGUUACUUAGAUCCAGAUGAUGAGGACCAGCCAUCAGGGAUUACAAUUUUUGCUGAUGAGGCAACGAAGGAAGAAACUGAAGAAGGGGAAAUUCUUGAUCCAACUGUUGCUGAGCCAUCCAGGAAAAUGAGUGUUAAAUUUCCUGGAAUAAAUGCUCCAAUCCCAGAAAAUGCAGACGAAAGACCUUGGGUAGCUGGGUCGUCAAGUUACAAUGUAUCGAGACAUGGUUCGUACCGUGAAUAUAACCACUCGUCUGAGACUCUCAGCAGACGGCAUUAUCAUCAACAAAGGUGGUCCAGUGAUUUCGAAGAUGAUGGGCCUCCUGGAGUUGAUCCUGGAUCUCGACCCUCAAAUUAUUCUCAUAAAUAUGGCGGUUAUGACUCCAGUUACUCUUCCCCUAGUGCGAGAUCUAGUACAUCCAUUCCUAGAAGCCCGAGUUACGGCCGAUCCUUGUCGGACAGAGGUAGACGAAGCCAUCUAGUGCAAGAUGGUUCCGCAAACUGUGGUCGGUAUAGUACUGCACAUUCAUCAUCCCCCAGAUAGGCUGCUUUAGGGAUUAUUUAGUGUCUAUGUGGACUAUUGUGUGAUGGCCGAUGCAAAGUUUUAGCUAACUAGGAAAGAGGGAAAUGCAGGAUAAGUAUUCUUUUGAAUUGAAGGGAGUUAUAGUGUACAAAAUUAGACGUGUAAUGGACUUUUACAGAUACGUAUUCAAUGAUUGUAAACUUAAAAAUUUCUGGAGGCAAACUCAAGCCAUUCUAUCUUUAACAAGAUUUAGCUGUCUAUUGCAGAGAUCCUGAGAUAUACAACUGAUCUCUCUGUGUGGGUU